UCUUGAACAUCCAUUUCAACACAAUCAACGAAAUUCACAUUUAUCAACUUAUCAAUUUCCGUUUUCCUCCUCUCAAAGUGUACGAAACAUGCCGAGUAACAACAACCAGAAGGUGCAGAGUGCGGCUGCCAGACUGGCCAAGCUGCCCGUGGUCCGCUCGGCUUGCACCCAGCUGUCAGUGUUGUACAUCGACACUAAAUGCAGCCACCCCAACCUGAGGUCCGUGUGUGACGUGCUGGAGAGCAGCGUGACGGCGGUCAUCGUCAGACUGGAGCCUCAGCUUUCCAUUGCAAAUGGCGUUGCAUGUAGAAGUCUUGACUGGCUGGAGACUGCAUUCCCAGUAAUUCACACACCAACGGAGCAGAUUGUUGCCUCUGCCAGGAACAAGAUGCAUGAGAUCCAGGAUGUGGUGAGCAUUGCGGCUCACGGUACUAUGGGCUGUGUCGAGCACACAGUCGCGUGGGUGACGGGCAGCGUGCAGCAGGCUGAUGACCAGACGGGCCAAUCACUUGUGGAGAGGGCCCUCAGUGUGGCAUGCGUGGGACUGGACUCGGCUCUGGUCACGUCCGAGGCCCUGAUGGACCGCAUGCUUCCUGCCACCGAGGAGGAUAAAGGUCAUAGAGAAUUUGUCCAGGUCUAUUGGUGCAGCUCAGGAAAGCAGCUGGCUGAACUUGACCUGGAGCAUCCAGGUGCUGCCUCAGUACCUGCAGCAUCAGCUUGUGUCUGCAUUGUUCUUCAUCUCCCAGAUGUACAACUUAGACCACCACGGAUCGUAUCAGGAUAGAAGUUCUCUCAAUGCUGCGGUCCAGGUGCACCCACGAGCAGUGCCUCCCUGCCGCAUGAGGCG